AUAUCUAAUGUGACUCAUCGCUCACACAUUUAAUUCACCACUUUACGGUGACUCUGAUUCUGCUCGUCUUACCCUCAGCCUCUGCUGAUAGUAGAGAGUAAGAAACCCUGUCAACAUCAAGGAAUCAGUGUCAUUGGUUCAACCUUCUGAAUCCUCAGUCAUCUCAGAAGAAGAAAUGUGACACCUAGGCCCAUGAGGCGUAUGACAGGGCGAGAACAUACCCUGUAUUUUCAUGCAGUGUGUGUGCAUGUGAGGAGAGAGCGGGCGUCAGUGACACAGAAGAGCAGAAGACGCAGAUCGAAUAGGACAGGUAUAUCCUGCAGCUUUGACUCUUUGACCAUCGCUGAGUGGAAUACAUCAGCAGCCAUUGUAUUUCUGCAGAACUGAUCCAGAAGAGGUUAAAGAUAACUGCUGUAGAACAUGAGGAAAACAGGAAGGAGACACUUGAAGAACCUGCAAAACAGAGUCAGGGAGGAAUGAAGCUCGGCUCACCCUCCUGCAGCUACAAGAAAAAACAGUCAGAUGGUAUGGAAUGUUUGCAUAGCUGAAGUUUGAAGGGUAAUCCACAGCACAAGAGCAUUCUGGGGAGGAUUACAGACUUAUCACAUGGAGCAGUGAAUGCAGUACUUAGUUUGAAGUGGAUAACCUACACAAAACCUGCUGCUGCAUUCAAAGCCGGCAAACCAUCCAUUAAAGUUAAGUUAAGUUAAGUUAAGCUAAUUUAGAGCAGAGGUUGGUUCUGAGGUCCAGAUGUUCCUCCACACGGUGCUGGUGGUCCUGACGGACUUGGCGGCCCGGUUCCUGGGUAACACCGCGGUCCGGCAGCACUUCCACCUGCUGCUGUCAGCGGUGGUGAUGUUUGGUCCUGCACUGAGCCUCUGGGUCUCGCAGCACAGCAUCUUUGCCAAGAGAAGUCACUUCCUCUACAGGAUGUUCCUGCGCUCUGGUUGGGGCUGGACCUGCAUCUUUGUCGGGUCGUUUGUCUUCCUCCUCUCCUUCUCCAUCCGUCGCUCCGUGUCCCUCUCCAUGCGUCACCUGUCACGGCUCGGGGUGGCCGGCGGGUUGUGGCUCGGCUUCUGUAAACUCCUGGACCUACUGGAGAACGCCACGGGGAGCUGCUAUGAACCUUUACUCGGCGGUCCAGAGGUCGCCAACGGGCAGCCUCUGCUGGUGCUGCGAGAAGGCGAGAGUAAGUCAGAGUGCCUCAGGGCCGGGAUGCUGUGGAGGGGUUAUGAAGUCUCAGAGGACGUCUUCCUCCUGUGUCUCUGCUGCCUCCUGCUAGCGGAAGAAACGUCCGUGUUUGGCCCUUACCUGAGCCUGGGCGGGGUCUCAGACGCCCCUCUCAGGAUCCUCUUCCUCUUCUGCGUCCUCCUGCUCGGCCUCUGGAUCUUUCUGCUGCUCUGCCUCUUGGCUUACUUCCCUCAGUUCCCCACCCAGCUGCUAGGGGGCGCUCUGGGAUGUCUGAGCUGGAGGGGACUGUACCAGGGCUGGUACCGCCUCGGGCCCAGCUGGUGCUCCCCCGGGAGACCUGGAUUAGGACUGCUGAACACCAAGACUGAGGAUGCAAAAUUGAGCCAAGACUCCUGCAAUUAACAGGAAACAAGACAGA